AUGGGCUGUGUCGGGGAGUGCGGGAGAGAGGAAUCGGUAUCUCAUAUCUUUUUUGAGUGUCCUAAUCUUGCAGGAAUGUGGAAGCUGUUGUGCAACUGGAUAGGAGUGGUUCCAAACUUACAAAAUGCAGGAUGGCAACAUCUUGAACAAUUCGAAAGACUCCUUGGAUCACAAAGAAAUUUAACCAUGAAAAUGAGAGUGAUAUGGGCAGCAGGCGUGUGGUGCAUUUGGAGAGGCAGGAAUAACAAAGUGUUUCGGGGCGAGGAAAUUCAAAUGGAAAAGCUGGUUGAAGAGGCGAAGAUAUUGGCAUGGAGAUGGCUCAAACUUAAAUCAAAUUCUAUAGCCGACGAUAUAGUCGCGUGGUGUAAUAAUCCUAAGGCGUGUAUCGGGAUUCUUGAUGAUUGA